CUAAUGUCUGAUACAUGUGCAAAUCAGAUAAUUUAGCUUCGUACACGUGAACUCUGUCACCUCUUGUUUAAUUUGCAUGUAUGAAAACGUUAAUUGCUCACAUUUUAAAGCAAAAGAAAGUAAGAAACAUUCCUUUAUUUUAAAACUUAAGUGGACAGAAACUGAAACAGCAACAAGCCUUACACUCCGUCUCUUAGUGUUGAGUUUUGAGAGAAUUUCCAUUCAAUGGAUAUCAUCGCUCACUCUUCCACAGUACCAAUAAUGCUAAUUUCAGUGUCUUUGCUAUUUCUAAGUGGGGUCGCAAUGGGCUCUUCACUAGGCAUCAACUAUGGCCAGGUCGCCAACAACCUCCCCUCCCCGGAGGCAGUUGUCCCCUUGGUCAAAUCCAUCGGCUUCACUAGGAUCAAGCUCUACGAUACAGAUCCACGCAUCCUCAAGGCCUUUGCCAACACUGGAGUCGAAUUCAUAGUUGGAGUUGCCAAUGAGGAUUUAAAAAAAUUGAGAGAUCCAAAGCAAGCCCUAGCCUGGGUCAAAACUAACGUCCAGCAUUACUUACCUGCCACGAAAGUCACUUGCAUUGCGGUCGGAAAUGAAGUACUCACAUACAAUGACUCCAUUCUCUCCUCCAACCUUCUGCCAGCCAUGGAAAGCAUCCACAUUGCUUUGGUCAAUCUCAACCUUGAUAAGCAGGUUAUGGUUACCACAGCCCACAAUUUGGCCGUUCUUCAAACUUCUUAUCCUCCAUCUUCAGGUGCUUUUCGCACAGACCUAAUUCAGAAAUUGACUUGCAUCCUCGAUUUUCACUCUAAAAUGGGCUCCCCAUUUUUAAUCAAUGCCUAUCCAUAUUUUGCAUACAAGUCGAAUCCUAAGCAAGUGCAGAUAGAUUUCGUGCUCUUCGAGUCCACUUCAGGAGUGGUAGACCCUGUUUCGGGCCUGCGCUAUGAUAACAUGUUCCAUGCUCAGGUUGACGCAGCACAUUCUGCAAUGGAGAAGCUGGGGUACAAGAAAGUCUGCUUGCAGAUCUCGGAGACAGGGUGGCCGUCUAAGGGGGAUGCCAAUGAGGCCGGGGCCACACCAGAAAAUGCCAGAAAGUACAACGGGAAUCUGCUGAAGCUGAUUGCAGAAAAGAAAGGGACGCCACUGAGGCCUAAUCUAGAUUUGAAUGUUUAUGUGUUUGCUUUGUUCAAUGAGAAUAUGAAGCCCGGUCCGACAUCUGAGCGGAAUUUUGGCCUUUUCAAGCCCGAUGGCACCCCAGCGUAUGAUCUCGGCUUCAAUGUAUCAGGCGAUUCAGGCUCCGCGACUACGAACACGACCAGCGAAGGUGGCUCUCAACCACCAGUAACGGGUUCUUCGACGGCAGACAGCUCUUCCUCCGGCUACUUGUCCAUUACUUCUGAUUCGGAGAGAGUUCGUUCAACAUUAUUAUUAUUGUUAUUAUUAUCAUUUUUGUGCCUGAAUGGUUCAACAUUUCAACAACUAUGGCUGAUGUGAUGAUUUUUGCUUCAGCCAGGACAGGAGCGGAGAUCCAACGGCUAUUGAACGAAUCUAAAGAGCGAAUUCAGGAAAGCAAGAAAGAUGCUUCAUGCAGACGCUGCUUUUUCACUUUUAGGCUGGCACUCUACACUUUCUACUUUUCCUCUCUUGUAUUUUUUUAGUAUGGUGAAUUUCUUGUGCACUAAAACUAGGAAGGAAGACGCACUUCUAGCAAUGUUUUUCAGUGGGAUUCUCCCUAUAACAUAUCACCAUUUCAUUCUUC